AGCUGCUAAAAGCAGAGGCACAUUGGACAAGAGAUAGCUAAAGCUAAUAGCUAGUGACUGCCUGGAUUGUAAUUUCUAGAUUUCUCGCCCUUAAUCGUUACAACCCAAGACAAGAAGAGAAUUGGAGAUUGACCUUUAAGAUGAUCAUUGAAGACCUCGAGGCCUUUAAGACGUGGCUUUCCAAAACGCUUGAACCCAUAUGUGAUGCCGACCCUUCUGCCCUCGCCAAGUAUGUUGUCGCCUUGGUGAAGAAGGAUAAAUCGGAGAAGGAAUUGAAGGCACUAUGCAACGACCAGUUGGAUGUAUUUUUACAAAAAGAGACCCAAACAUUUGUGGAUAAGCUUUUCGAAGCUUUGAACUCAAAGAGUUACCUACCUCAGCCUGCUCCUGAGCAGCCUGCCCCGUCUGUGAGCCGACCAGCCGACUCCCACCAGCGCCCUGACAAAGAUGAGCCCAAGAAGGAAGAGCAGCCCAAUCGUGAGGAGGACAGAGAUAAGAAGUUCUCCAGGAGGAUAAACCACAGCCCCCCACACAGCAGAUACAGCCGAGACAGCAGGAGACUCGAUGACCGCAAGAAAGACGACCGGUCCCGGAAGCGCGAGUACGAGCGUAACCCCCCGCGCCGUGACUCGUACCGGGACCGCUACAACCGGCGGCGAGGCCGGAGCCGCUCCUACAGCCGCAGUCGCAGCAGGAGCAAAGAGAGGCUGCGCGACCGCGACAGGGACCGCGAGCGUGACCGCGACCGCGAACGGGACAGAGACCGCACGCGCAGCCGAUCCAGAUCCAGAAGCCCCGGACGCAGCAGAGAAAGGGAUUCUGGGAAGGGUUUGCACAUGGACCGACCAGACAGCGGCAUCGGCGGCGGCAGACCCGUGGACGGCUACCCACACUCGCACAACCACCCGCACCCCCAUCCCCACCCCAACCCGACCCCGUCGCAGGGCCUGCUGCCCACUCCGCCCUCCACCCAUUUCCCCGUGCCCACGCUCAGCAGCACCAUCACGGUCAUCGCGCCCUCACCCCACCACAACAACAACGCCCCGCCCCGGCCCCCAACGGACACCUGGUCCGACUUCCCCCCGGACCACCGAGUGGACCACAGAGUUGACCACCGCGUGGACCACCACCCCCCCUACGGAGGGCACAGGGGGCCCCCUCCCCCGCUGCCCCCUCCUCCACAGAGGAAACGAUGUCGCGAUUAUGACGAGAAGGGAUUCUGCAUGCGCGGGGACAUGUGUCCGUUCGACCACGGCAGCGACCCCGUGGUGGUGGAGGACGUCAACCUUCCCAGCAUCCUCCCCUUCCAGGGCCCGCCCCCUCCGCUGCCGCCACCGGGGGUGGACGGACCCCCUCCGCCUCCGCCCGGCCUGCCCCCUCCCCCGCCCGGCAUGCUGACGCCCGUCAACCUGCGGCCCCCCGUGCCACCCCCGGGCACCAUGCCCCCCAGCCUCCCGCCCGUCGCAGGCCCCCCACCCCCUCUCCCUGCCCUGCAACCUUCCGGCAUGGACGGCCCCCCCAACUCCGUCACCAGCUCAGUGCCCACCAUCGUCACAUCAGGAGUCAGGCCUCCCAUCACGCAGCCCCCACCCCCGCUAUUCACCUCCGACUCGUUCGAGCCGGAUGGCUACAACCCAGAGGCUCCCAGCAUGAGUGGCAGCAGGCCUAUGUUCUGUCACCGUGGCAACGCACAGAGGCCCAACCUGAUUGGCCUGACGAUGGGAGCGGUGGACCUACCGCCACGAGACAAGAUGGGCAACAGCAACAGCAUGCGUAUAGUGCUGGAGUCGGACUCCCGGAAGAGGCUGGGCGGCCCUCACGACAGCCACGGUGGGCCCCCCAAGAAGCCCUGGAUGGACAAACCAAGCUACAACAAGCCCAACCACCAAGGCUUCCACCACAAGAAGAACCCCUUCAGCCUGGCCAACACCAAGCUGGAUGUGCGCCAGAUCCCGCCAGAGCUCAACAACAUCAGCAAACUCAACGAGCACUUCAGCAAAUUCGGCACUAUUGUCAACCUACAGGUUGCGUACAGGAAUGACCCGGAGGCGGCCUUGAUCCAGUUCUCUGGCUACGAGGAGGCGAAGAGGGCCAUGCUCAGCACAGAGGCUGUGCUCAACAACCGUUUCAUCAGAGUCCAGUGGCACAGAGACGACCCCCCGCACACACACAUGCCAACCAAUACGGUACAGCAGCAGGUACAGCAGCAAGUGCAACAGCAGAGUGUCCAGCCUUCCCAAGAUGCAUCAGUGACGAGCCUCAAGCAGUCCGUCAAAGAUCGCCUAGGCCCCCUGCCCACUGGCAACUCCGAGCUCCCACCUGACCCCACCACCAACUCACAGAACGCAAAGACGUCGGUAAAGGAGAGGCUAGGCUUUUCCCCCAAACCCCUUACUCCAGCAGCAAAGGUGUGUUCGAUGUCCUCGGGCCUGACUAAGACCGUGUACAACCCUGCGGCGCUCAAAAGUCUCCACAAGGGGGCGCCGGCCACCUUCAUGGCCACCACCAGCCCUGAGGAAGCACUCAAGAGGAAACAGGAGGCCUUGAAGCUGCAACAGGACGUGAGGAAGAAGAAACAGGAGAUCUUGGAGAAGCACAUCGAGACCCAGAAGUUGCUGAUCUCCAAGCUGGAGAAGAACAAGAGUAUGAAGGCGGAGGACAAGGCCCAGAUCAAGGUCACGCUGACCACCCUCACCACCAGCAUCACCAAGCUCCAGGAGGAGAUCAAGGGACUGUCCAGUCCCGCCGCACUCAAGGCCAUGAAGAGCAAAGCACAGGCCCAGAAGGAGCUCCUGGACACUGAGCUGGACCUCUACAAGAAGACCCAGGCCGGAGAGGACACCGCCCAGCUGAAGAUCAAAUACACACAGCUCCAGCUAGAGGCGGCUAAGCGGGGUCUCCUGAACACUGGUAGGGGCCGCGGGGCCCACGUGCGGGGCCGAGGGGUCGCACGGGGCAGGGGCCGCGGCAUCCGGGGCCGGGGGCGAGGGGGCCCCUCCGUGCAUGCGGUCGUGGACCACCGGCCUCGAUCGCUCGAGAUCAGCGGCUUCCUGGACGGAGACCGCACAGAGAUCCUGCCACACUUUGCACAAUUUGGUGAGAUCGAGGACUGUCAGAUGGAGGACUCCAGCCAGAGUGCCAUAAUCACCUACAAGACUCGCGCAGAAGCAGAGCUGGCGGCGGUGCACGGCGUGAGGUUCAACAACCAGCUGCUGCGUCUGUCGUGGCACAAGCCCAUCAUCCCGCUCAGCCAGAGCGACCCGGAGGAGGCCGAACCCGAGGAGGAGGAGUACCAGGAGGACUCACUGGUGGACGACGUGCUCUUACAGGACGAUGACGAAGACGACGAUCACGAGUCUCGCCCGUGGAGAAGAUGAGGAGGAGGGGGAUGAGGAAGAUGAAGUUGAAGAGGAGGAAGAAAAGGCCUUCACUCGUCCGCCUCCUGACAUCCAUUUUAAUCGUCUUCUCACCUUUCCUUUGCUGUUAUUAACCGUAAACAAAAGCUGUGUGCUUCAGAAGUGUGUUGGGAGGGGGGUGGGCUUGGCUUUGACUGGUGGCUAACCCUGUGUGUGUGUGUGUGUGUGUGGAACUUAAACUUGUGUAUAUAUUUCGCGUUACUUUAUUGGUAUUUUUUUAUGCUGUAAAGAAAACCCAAACAUGAAUUUGAAAGUACCUUUUGUGGUUUGAAGACUUGUGAUUAAAAGAAGGGCUUCUUUUGGGAUUUUUGUGUGCAAGCCAAUGGGGUGCAUUACGACUGUGAUUUUGACUGGGGUUGAGCGUUGUGUGUCAAGCCGUCAGGAAGAUGGCCCGUGACGACGCGGAGUGCUUUAACAUAGAGUAGCGGUUUUAACAGUAGUAGUCUCCAGCCUCCUUGCAUUUGAUGUGUACAUAAUUUUAUGUAAUUUUAUGUAAUGACGAUGAUGAUGAUGAUGAUGACGAUGAUGAUUUGUAUGACUAUGCUCUUGUACGCUUCUGAAAAUCUUGGCAUUUGUUUUGAACUGUACAAAAAAAGAGAAAAAUAAAGAAUUGAAAUGGUCUAAGAAAAUAAUCAGCUGCCAAAAAAGGAAAAAAAAGAAAA